AAUAGAAUAACAAUGCUUACAAACUUGAAUAGAAGUGAUUUAAUGUAUACGAUCUAAAAUGUUUGGGAAAUUUAUUCAUACUAUGUAUCUAAUGAAAAAUAACACUGAAUUAAGCGUAUUAGCUUAGAUUUGCCAAAUAUUUAAAUAUAAUAGUAAAAUAAUAUUAUUUAUCCAACCGAUUUAUGAAAUAACGUGAAUAUUGGAAUGUUGAAAAAUGGAGCCGGCGAUGCAUUUUCAAAUGGUUGAAAUUGAAACAAAGGCAGAAAUGCCGAAGACAAUUACUGUGUUCGGUGCGACAGGGCACCAGGGCGGAGCCAUUGCGCGCGCGCUGGCGCGUGAUCCUGCUAACUUCGUCGUCCGUGGGAUAACCAGGGAUGUCCAACAAGAAGUUAAAGUGGACGAUCUUAAGAACUGCGGUGUGGCAGUGAUACAGUGUAACCUAGAUGAUGUAAACAGUAUUAAAAUGGCGCUAAAUGACGCUGACGGGUGCUUUGUUGUCACGUACACGGACUAUAAUGAGCCAGACUGUAUUGCAAAGGAGAUACAGCAAGGAAAAAAUAUAGCUGACGCAUGCGCACUGGCGAACAUUCCACAUGUUAUUUAUAGCACACAGUUACACACCACCAGAGUGAAGGGGAUUGAGGUCCGCAAUCUAGUCGCAAAAGCGGAAGUGGAAGAGUACUUCCGGUCAAAGGGACUUCCGUUAUCGUGCUUUCUAGUUCCGUGUUAUUAUGAAAAUUUCUAUGAUUUCCUAAAACCCCGGAGAGUCGAUAGAAACAACUUUGUUUUUGAGAUCCCCAUGGGGGAGAUGCCCCUUGACCUUGUUAGCGUGGAGGACAUCGGGGAGGUGGCCCGGACCGUGUUCCUUAACCGUUCAGCCUAUCUCGACAAGACCCUCAGUUUGUGUGGCGAGAAAAUCACCAUCAAGGAACUGGCCGCUGACUUCUCACGGGCGCUGGCUCCACUAACGUUCAGAGAUAAACCGAUAACUGUGCAUGAUUACAAGAAGAGGGGCGAGCCGUGGUCGGUAGAUUUCGGGAACAUGUUCGAGUUUUUCGUGCGAAAGGACCAACGGUACCAGCUCCAGCACACCAAGGACAUCCAUCCGGGCGUUCAGAGUUUCCGGGAGUGGGUCGCCAGGAAUGCUAGGACCCUCGGGGACUGCUUUAAUAAACUAUAGACUUGUUAAACGUUGAUGGGACAUUGUUGUGUUUUAUGGCAAUGUACAACAGGCAAGAUAUACAUCGGAUGAAAAAGAAACGGUCCUAGGCUAAGGGACAUAAGAUAUACCGGAAGAUAGAAUACUGUCCCUUUAGUGGGUUGCUUCCCUUUGAAUCAUCUCACUAAGGCAUAUAAAUAUCCCUGUUAUGAAUAUCUGACGAAUAACUAAAGCAAAAAUAAAAAAUGGCAACCGCAAAGGAAGUAAAAUGCAUUGAUUGCAAUGAAAUGCACUUGGUUUUGUGUUUAUAAUUAUGUCGUUCUUUCCUGUUUAAUUUAAUUCUAUGAACACAUACAUGUAUACGCAAAUUAAUUAUGCGUUAAUUUAGUUAAGGUGUAUUGCAUAUACGGAUGCAUUGCACAACCAUUCAAUUGUUCAUGUUCAUUUUAUUGUUUCAGACAUUGUCUCGUUUGUGUUGUAUAUGUUUACUGUUAUCUACGAAUAAAUACUUCUGUA